GGAAAAAAUGAAGAAAUGGAUAAAUAUCUUUCUUCAAUUUGACUUUGAUAAAUCUGGCUCCAUGUCCUCCUAUGAGCUUCGCAGUGCCCUUAAAGCUGCAGGAUACCAACUCAACAACUACCUGCUGCAACUGAUUGUCCUCCGAUACUCUGACGAACAGUUCCAGAUUGAAUUUGAUGAUUUUCUGAACUGCUUAAUUCGCUUAGAGAAUGCAAGUCGAGUAUUCCAAGCACUGAGUGUGAAAAACAAGGAGUUCAUUAACCUGAAUAUAGGCGAGUUUAUCAACCUGGCAAUGAACAUCUGAAGAAGUCUGACUUGGAUGCUGGGAGUUUCUUGUGACAUUGCUGCUGAGACUUCUGCCCCAACAGCUGCGGUCCCCUUCGCCUGCAAACUUUACCAGGAGAUUUUGUGCAGAGGAACAUGCAUGCUGCCCACCCUUUCUGGUCUCCAACCCUGUUCAUGAGUUCAACAACCAGAUCACAUUUUGGUUUUAUUUUUGGUAAAACCUGACACUGGAUUUGUUACUGUGAGAGGUAUUUGGAUGGGGCGCACAUAUCUCUCAAGCACACUGAAACUGAUUCCCCUGAGUGACCACAGGUUCUUAAGAAAUAGGACUGUAUUUAGUCCCAACAUAG